ACAAAAGCCACAGAAAGCCAUCCUCCUCCUCUCCUCCUCCUCCUCCUCCUCCUCUCUCUCUGCAACAACCCACCAGCUCCUCUCUCUCUCUCUCUCACAGUUCUGACAACGACAAUGACGGCGGUCUCUGCUGACGUCACCAAGCUCCCAAAGCGUGAGGUUUGCUUUCGCGGUUCUGUUGAAUGUUCUCUAAUUGCAUUAUGAAUUUCGUUUUCUUGUUGGGUUCCGCCGGAAAAUGAAAUUCGCCGGGGGAAAAAAUCGGAAAUUUUCAGUGUUUUUAAUAACUUGUUUCGGUCGAAUUGUGUUUUCAAUUGCUUAAAUGUCAUGUAAUGUGCCUCAAUUUUUCUGGGUUCUCCAGCAUUUUCUCCAAAGAAGCCCAAAAGUUUUUUUUUUUUGGGGGUUCCGAGCAGUUUUUUUUUUUUUUUUUUUGACGGUGGUAAAACGACGGCGUUGUAAGUUUAGGAGCGCGGUAAGGGAAGUUUUCGUUUCCAAUUCAACAUUGAUGAAGAAAUUAAAUGGGAUAAUGGAAUAUUGAGAGUCCUAUUUUGGGUAACUUUCAAUUUAUGACGAUUUCCUACCAAUGGAAAUACGUUUUAAUGAAACCCGCGUUUUAUACAAAACCCACUUUGUUAAGUAAUUUAUUUACGUAAUAAUAAUCCCAAUCCAAUCCCACCAGAUAACUUUUCCUUUUUAACUUCUUACUGUGAUUACUGAUUUUGCCCUAUCUUUUUGGGUUUUUUGAACUGUAUAUUUACCCAGACACCAUAUCCUAAAGAGUUUUCUUUUAACUGUUUCUUUGCUUCCUUUGUUGCCCUUUUCCCCUCUAUACUCUUUUAUCUUUGAAACAGAGUACUAUGGAUGCUUUGCCUUUGGAUGAUAACAUUAAUCAACUCUUGGAGCACUUCUACGAUGACGAUACCAUUAAGGCUCUUGAUUUCCCCAUGGAAGACAUUGACGCCGCAGACGAAGAUUGGAAGACUCAACUCCAAGGCCUUGAGCCAUACUAUGAAUCAAAUUUCCAGUACCUUUCCACUUCGUAUGAAGGUACUUCCGGUGUUACUGCUAUAACCAGCGGUGGCAGAAGCAGUCUCCAAAGCAAUGAUUGUUUUGAUCGAAAGCACAUGCACCUGAUCCCAAUCCAUAGUCCAGUGUCUGUCCUUAAAAGCCAGAGUGAAAGCCAAAGUUCUGGUUCUGCUCAACACCUGAGAACCUUGGAGCCCAAUUUCAUCAACAUCAGAGCCUCUGAGCCCAGUUUUGUCAACCCGGUGAAGAAGAAGCGUACACAAUGCAGGCGUGCACGCCCUGCUAAUUUCAGUAACCGGUUCACGUUCCCUUGUGCCUCAUCCAAUUCCUCUGUCUCCGACAAUUUUUAUCGUUUUGAAACCUUUCUGACUGAGGAGAUGAUGAACCCUGACAAGAGAAAACAGAAGAAAAAGAAUCCCUCUUUGCAGGAAACAGGUGAGAUUAGUGAGACCAAAAGAUCCAUGGAACCAGGCGAGAGUCGCGAGACUAAAAGAUGCACGCAUUGUGCGGUUACGAAGACCCCACAAUGGAGGGAAGGACCACUAGGGCCGAAGACCCUCUGCAAUGCAUGUGGGGUUCGUUACAGGUCCGGCCGCCUCUUUCCCGAGUACCGUCCUGCAGCAAGUCCUACAUUUGUUCCAGCAGUGCAUUCAAACUCCCACAAGAAGGUUAUAGAGUUGAGAAAUAAGGGUUGCCAAGGGAGCUAGUGUGAAUAUUGUGAUCAUCAGCCCAGUAGGAUCUUGUAGUGUUAGUUUUCUGUUUCUUCAUGUUUGAAAAUUAGAACAGUCUUCUUAGCUUAGACACCUUGGAGUCCUCUCUUGUCUCUGUUUUUUCAAUUCUAUUCUAUUCUAAUUUAAUUUAGAUGUUCUUUAUAUGUACAUUUGAUAGAAUAAGAGAUGUUUAGGAUGUAGAACCGAAAAUAGAGAAGUCCUUGAUUGAAGGACCUCAAACCUUGUUUAGGAUGUUUGCUUCUUUUGUUGAUGUAUCUUUAGUGCAGAUUUGGACGUUUGGUCAAGUGAUUGUGAUUGAUUUCAAGCUA